GGAAUGUGGUAACAAGCAAGUUAGAGCAGGAGAAAAUAAUAAACGUAAGGCGUGUCGGCGUCUAUUUUUUAAUACUUUAUAAAUUAGCAGAAACAUAUAUUAAAUAAGCAAUUUUAUUAUAAUAUAUUUUGAUAAUAUAUUAUACGAAUUUCAUACAUAAAAGAAAUGUUCCUUUUAUUUUAAAAUGUCACAGCAACAAAAAAUUUUAAGUGUAGAAAAUGUUUUAUUGUUCAUAUUAUUUUAUGAUUCGAUAAAAUUUCAAUUUUAAGUCUGAUAUAUUUUUUUGUAUAUGUGCUUGGUGUUUUGUUACGAGUGGAAAAGGGUAUGUUCUUAUGGGGUAAUAGCAGGGCAGUUGCCUUUGCGGGGGAAUGGAGACGGAGAGCGUAAAAUCGGGGGCUAGCGAGCAUAGCCAUAGCCAUCAUAGUAGAAGUUCUCAAAAACAUCAUCGUACUCACAGUUCUAAAUCUCAUCAUAGACAACAUUCACAUAGAAGUACUAGGACAAAUCGUAGUCAAAAAAAAGAGAGGCAUAAUUUAGAUUCCACAGAAAUGGCACCUUUUCAAACAACUGUCAAUGUAAGGGGAGAUAGUGUUGAUAAUUUAGGUCAAGAAGUUAUAGAAGUACAAAUUUUACCUCAAGAUGAAAAUUGGGGAGAAAAUACUACAGCUGUCACUGGAAAUACUUCUGAUAGAUCAGAAUCAACUGAAGAUGUGAGCCAUUGGCCAAAUGAAAAUGAUGGAUCGUUUAAUUCCUGUAAUCGAUUUAUGGGACCGAUUAUAGCAAUGAUGCUUGGAUUAAGUGCUUUUCUUAGUCCUAUAACUAUGGUUAUAUUGCCUAAAUUAGGAUUUUUUCCUGAUUCUACAACUGUUUUAACUAUGCAACAAAAGCUUCAAUUAUUAUCUUGUAAUGCUGAAUGUAAAGGCCAAUUACUAGGUUUAGCCUUUAAAUUGGUGCUAUUAGGUAUUGGAAGUUGGGCUAUAUUUUUUCGCUCAAAAAAUGCUACAAUGCCACGUAUAUUUUUAUUUAGAGCAGGAGUGUUGCUUCUUACUACACUAUGCAUUUGUACUUAUUGGUUAUUUUAUGUUGUCCAGGUUACUGAGAGUGCUAAGACUGCUGCUAAUGGUGAAAUAACAGAAUAUAAAAAUUUAGUAAAUUAUGCAGGUACUCUUGCAGAUACUCUAUUGUUCAUACAUUAUAUUGCUGUUUUGUUAAUUGAAAUUCGUCAUCAACAACCUAUUUUUUAUCUUAAGGUUGUAAGAUCACCAGAUGGUGAAUCACGAUCUUAUGCAAUUGGACAAUUAUCAAUACAACGAGCAGCAGUAUGGGUAUUAGAAAGAUAUUAUACAGAAUUUCCUAUUUAUAAUCCAUAUUUAGAAAGAUUGCCAGUAUCAAAAUCUGGUAGAAAACAAUCGAGUUUCAAAUUUUAUGAAGUUGAUGGUGCAGUAACUGGUAGUGUUCAAUCACGAGGAGGUAGUGGUGAUAGAUCAGUUAUAACAACUCAAACUCGUCGUAGAGAUUCCAGCCAUAAUGAACGUUUUUAUGAAGAACACGAUUAUGAACGUAGAGUACGCAAACGUAGAGCUAGAUUAAUCACUGCCGCUGAAGAAGCCUUUGCUCAUAUUAAACGUUUGCAUUCAGAAGUUGAAUCUACUCCAAAUCCUGGUCCUAUGGAUCCUAUGGAAGCUGCACAAGCUGUUUUUCCAUCUAUGGCAAGAGCUUUGCAGAAAUAUUUAAGAGUUACGCGACAACAACCGCGUCAUUCUGUUGAAUCUAUCUUAAAUCGACUUGCUCGAUGUUUAGCACAAGAUGCAGCACCACGCGCAUUUUUGGAACCUUUUUUUGUAACCAGUCCUGUAUUUUCAAAUGAAAAAGAACGACAAAAGCGAUCACAUCAUUGGGCUUUAGUCUGCGAGGGAGAAUUGCCUUCGCGACCUCUUGCAAAUGGUUGCGAAUUUCAAUUACGACAAGGUGAAGUAGCUUUGUUAUGUACAGUAUAUCAUUUACCUCAUUUUCAUCUUACAGAACAGCUUGCACAUCCUAAAUCUAAUAAAUUUUUAUUAAGAUUAAAUUCUGAAACAUCAGUUUAGUAAUAUAAAAUUAGUAAUUUGUUUUAUAUUUUAUAUAAA